AUGGCGGGUGGAAAUGCUGUGCGAAGCAACGCUGUGACUGCCCCAGAGAGAGCAAACAUCGAUGAAGGGCAAAAAUAUGCUUCGGACUCGCAUCAGACUAAUGAAAAUCUCGAAGACAGCAGAGAAUCCUCCGUCGUACCUGACGAGACUGUUGAUCGAUGUGGAUCUAGUGAUACUAAGGGCGCAGUCAACAUCGAAAAAGUUGUCUUUCGGACCCCAGACGAGAACAGCGGAAAUUUCCAAGAGCCCGUCAAGAGACCACAUCUUCCUGAGGUUCCCAAGAAAGACCACGGCGCCAACCUUCCGUCUGAUAUCGACCUUGAGAACUUUGCCGAUUUGAAGAAGUCAGAUUUGACUCCACCUACCUCUACCAUCUCCGUAUCCUCAUACGAUCUGCGCAACAGAACGCAGAGCAAGCUAGUGUACGAUGUCAAGUAUCACCCCAUGGACGAUACCAUCCGGCCUUCUCAAGCAGCGAAACGUCGUAUAGCCCACGGAGAGGUGUCAAUACUCGAUUCUGAUGAUGCGAGUGAUGCCUUCACCCUAACUGAUACCGCAGCUAGCAUUGGAGAGUCGAGCGAUACGCGAAGCGAGGAUUAUGAGGAAGCGCCAAUGCAAAGCAAGCAAGCCAAACGACGCAAGCAAACCAAGUUGCGGCCGUUGCCUGCUAAGGGCACAAGACGUUCCACACGUAAGGUCUCAAAUCAGAAGACAUCGUACAAUAUGGAUAUCCACCCUCAAGACAAGUACCUAGUCAUAUCCAGCGAUGAUGACGAUAAGCAGACUCCAAGCAACAAGCGUAGGGAGAUCACUCGUAAGCGUCCCAACGCCGACGAUAGUUCUGUACCCGACAUUAGAAUGGCAAAGAAGCCCAGAGUUUCUUACCAGGAUCGAUCGCGCCGCACAGACCUUGGUACUUCUGAUAGCCUAGACUUCAGUGGUGUGCCCAUAAUGCAUAGUGUGGAGACUGGUGGAGCUACCAAGCACACCAUUGAUACUACGACGUUUUCACAUUCUUCGCUUGUUAACAGUUUCCCUGACCAUUGCAUUCGGCGCCGGGAAGGUAUGGACGUCUGGCACUACCCUCCCGGAAAGAGAUACCUUAACCAUGAUCGGGAUUAUUGGCCCACUCUUCCAGAUCAGGCGUUUGAGAUCUUCCACGAGAAGCUCGAAGAUCAGCUAGCACGCGAAGCUAUGGAAGUAUCACCACCCAAUUACGAACAUGACAACAAGGAAAACAUGAGCAACGCAGGCCUUGAGCCGGGAUCUGAUGACUACGGUGGCAUGUCUAUCAUGCCGUCUGCGCAGUAUCUACAGUCAAGCGAUGAGCAGCAGCUGGCAGAUCAUCGUGCCCUUGUCUCUGAAGCUCUUUAUUCUGACACCGCUCCGCAGUCAUAUGGGCUGGAUGGAAGUCAUGGCACCUGCGAAGUACAGAAAGAUGGCCCGGUAGAAUACAUGGAUAUCCUCAUAUCUGGUGGACACUUGCCCCCAGGUCCUGCACAUGCUGAAGCACAAGCGGAGACCCAGGAUUCGGUACUCGACUCCGACUCUGUAAGCGAAAUCUGA